AUGGCGUGGAUCAGUUGUGGUGACAGAAGUGGUGAUCAAAUGACUCGGAGUGCAGUGGAAGUGUCGGCCAUUUUGUGGAAAAUGUCAGUCAAUGAUAACACUGAAGAUAAUGACAACAAUCACUUGGCUUUGAGUCACCCAUUGAUUGGCAAUCAAGUGAACCAAAUAGAGGAAGUGAAUGAUCUGAAGAAUCGCUUGUCUUUCAAUGACUUCUUCUACACACUGGUGGCCAAAGUGUCCAACAAUCCAGACAAGUGCAACGUCUGGAACUAUGUCUUGUUGGACAUGAUCGACAAUAAUGUGAUAAACGAGUCGAUGCUGUCGGAUGUGCUGAGGAUGACCACCGAUAAGACCCGAAGCGAGUCGGUGGCGAACCGUGAGUUCAGUUGUCAUAUGGUGUCCAAACUGAGUCGACGUCUUAAUGAACGCGUUUUUAUGGACCGAAUCCUACCGUUAGUGCAAUACCUGUGCCAAGACUUGCAGCCCUCCAUCAGAGCCCAUAUCUCCAGACAAAUGUUUGUUUUGUCGCAAAACUUUAGUUUGCAGAACUUGCAGCCCUCCAUCAGAGCCCAUAUCUCCAGACAAAUGUUUGUUUUGUCGCAAAACUUUAGUUUGCAGACAAUUAAGACACAAAUUCUGCCGAAACUCAUGGAUUUGACGAACGACAGCGAACUCAUCGUCAGAAUCGCGUCCGUGGAGUCGCUCAUUGAUUUGAUCCCCAAAUUUGACGACGAGUUUAAUAAACAGAUAAUUUUACCGCAAAUUAUCUCAAUCUUUGAUUUCGCUCUCGUGAAGAACGACUGUUCCCUGAGCUUUAUUUUCAUGAAUUUCGCAAAAUUGUGUCAAACUUUGCCAAAGAAUGUGAUUUCGCGUGAGAAAUGGUUUCUCGACUAUUACUGCAAUGUCUUCUUAAUUUCCAAUGACUUCCAAAUGGAGCCAAAAGUUUCAAAGUUUACCGAACGAGACGCUCAAUGCCGGACCCUUCUAGCCGUCUAUUUCCCCCCUUGUCCCCUUCAUUGGCUACAAUUCUCAUCAAUACAAUCAAAUCGACGCCAAUCGACAAAAAGAGACCUAUUCCUUCCCGAAUCGAGACGUCUAGAUAGUCCAGAGCUUAGCGUCAGAAUCGCACAAACGAAAGACAUGUUCAAAGAGAUGCUGUCCUCUGAAAGAGAUCGCGAUGUCAUCGAUUCAAUCAAUCAAUUGGUCGAUGAGUUGGACAGGAAUUUAGACAAUCAUAUGGAAGAGGAAGAAUUGAAAGUAUUGGUGGAAGAGUUUAUUCAGUUGACAAUUGAUAGCUCACUAAACAAUAAGCCGGUGAUCGAAGUAAACAACAAUUCAGUCGUCAAUAGUGUAUUGAAUUCUGUGAAAAAGGAUUCAAUGAAACCCAAGUCUUCUUUACCUCAACUCAUUCGUAUGACACUCAGCACCGGCACAGAGCUCUUCAUUAACGGACAUCUCUUUGGUGGUGACCAUCAUAUUAUAGUACUCUGGACUCAUAUCAGGCCACGUGCGGGUGUUCAGAGUUCGGGCCACUCCUACCAGUGA